AUGGUCGCGCCGGAGCAUGUUCCCCCGCAGAUGGUCUUGGCCCGGUCGCUCCCAGAUGGAGCCCUCCAGGGAAUGCGUCAAGCGCUAAACGCGCUCGGCGGGGGAGAGGACGAGGCUGAUGAGUCAGAGGGGCGCUUGCGGUCGAGGGCGGCCUCCACCUCCAUGGUCGCCGCCCUCGACGCCGAGGAGCUUCGCAGAGAGACGCAGCUAUGGGAGCGCAUGAUGUACAAGAGUGCGAGUCAGCACAAGCGCGCGGUGCAUUUCCAGCGCAUGAGAGGCGUGACGCGUCACGUGCGCGCGGUGGCAUCCCUCGACGUCGGGGCGGCCGCCGCCGCCCUGCGCGACGGUCUACGCGCGGGCGUCUCCGAUGAGGCUCGCGCCGCCGCGCUCGAGAGCCCGGCUGUGAAGGCUGGCGCGCAUGCCAUAUGGAAGCUACCCCCGCGCGCUCUCUGGGAGGACCUCGCGCACCGUCUUCGCGCCGUCGCGAGGAUCGCGUCGGAGGCUGACAACGACAUGCUCGCGGCGGCGACGUCGCUGGAGGGCCAACUCGCUCACACGUACUUCAUGCCCUUCGCGCUCGUCGCGACCGCCGCCGUGGCGCGGAUACGGACCGCGAUGCACCAGCUGAUGACCGACGCGGUGGCGUCGUACAACGUCCUGGCGCCGCUGCUCAACGGGGGCACGUUGCCGCCGCCGGGCUCAAACGCGAUGGAGAGCGCGUCGACGAUGCCCGAGUCGCUGCGAUGCGAGUGGUUUCCGGUGCGUCGCGGCGUCGCGAACGCCGCGGUCCGACCCGCGGUGCACGCGUCACACCCGGCGGGUCCAUCGCCCGGCGCGAUCGACGACGACGACUGGCGUUGGCGGCUUCUCGGCGGGUACGCGGCUACCGACCGAGGCCGGGGGACGGAGAAGGGCGCGAAGGCGUCGGAAGCGCGGGGCGGGGAGGGGACGAGGUUGUCAGCAGAGACGCGGGGCGAGGACCUCGGAGCGGCGGUGGAGCGAACGAACGUUCGGGGUCUCUCCGCGCGGGUCGACAGGGGGGGUGAGGCUGGAAAGGAGGAGGAGGAGGAGGAGGAGGAGGAGGAGGAGGAGGAGGAGGAGGAGGAGGAGGAGGAGGAGGAGGAGGAGGAGGUGUCGGUUGCUCCAACGUACUCAACCGCAGGCAUCGGGCUCGGGCUUGGGAUGGACGUCGGCGCGCUGACAGCCGCGAUGCGACCUCCGGACCUCGCGGCCUUAACGGAUGGUAAGCCUGGGGGCAAGAAGAGGCGAAAAGUCUCAUCAGCCUCUGGCAGUGCGCCGGAUGCUCCUUCAGAGAGCGUCGCAAAGAAGAAAAAGAAGAACAAGCGCGACAAGGCCGUGCUCACGGGUGAAGCAGGCACUAAACCUCCGAUGUCGGCGAUGGACAGAGCCAUGGCUGUCUUGAUGGGCGGCAGUAGCAAGUAG